AUUUUUUUUAAAGAAACAGUACUUUUUGAUUGGUUCGGUAUGUUGUAAGAUUGACCCUAGUGUGGGAUAAAUAACAUUUUGAUAUUAUCAAUCAAAGUACACGUAAUUUUCGCCAUUUAUUAUUUAUAACGUGCAAAUGAUCUUGGGACGCUCAAAUAAAGCGCGAUCACAAAAGUCAAAAGAAAAGUUUUUGAAAGUUGAACAAAGGAACAACAUAGUCGAGUUAUGCUAAAAGUUCCGCGUUAAAAGAGCUUCUCGCUUGACGCAAUGUCCUCAGAGAAAGAGAAUGUAGAUUUGUCAAACGAUAAACGAAAGUCUUGGCUUGACAAUAUAAAAGAAAUGGCCAGACAAGUUGCAGCUCGAACUCGAAACGUCAGUUAUUCUUCAUAUUAUGGUAUUAACCACUCUCUUUCGAUACCCGCACCACUAACCGUGAGUAACCAGUUCAACAUUAUGGACCAGAGUGUGUUUAAGACGCCACCCGAGGGUUGCACUCCAGUUGAUCAGAAGAGUUUCAACUUUGAUGACCAUUCCUUGAAGUCCCUUCAGGCAACAAACAACUUAUCUUUGCCUUUGCAUGUUAAGUUAGAUGACUCUGGUGUUUGUCAAAGCACGAUAAAGAAUGAUCAUGGUGAUGCUGGAGAUAAAGAAGCUUUCAACAGCAUUGAUGAUGAUAGUUAUGAGUUUCACACACCACCUGAGUUCCAUGUUGAAGGAAUGUAUCCUGAUCAUCUACCUUUGGCAUUUGCACCAGAAGAUGACAAUCUGUUAAGUUCUUUUGAAAAAAUGCUUGUGAAACAUGAUGUACCUGAUUGUAAAAUGGCAAAUGACUUAACAGAAUUUACAAAUGGAAAUGUUAAUUUAUGGAAAGUGAAUCUCCCAGUAAAAUUGACCAUGAAGCAUUCAAAGAAAAUGAGGUCGAGUUAAUAAUUGAACAGGAUGUUUUAACAUUGGAAAGUGCCACAAAUUCAGAACAAGAAUCUACAGAUAAAGAUAGUUUUGAUGAAUCACAGCAAAGUCCACAAAGUUGUACACAAGAAGAGGAUGAUUCUGGUAUUUCUCUAGUUGACGAGAAUGACAUUGUUCAGGACACCACAAGCAGGAUGGUGGAAAGUAUGGUUAAUACUGACAUUAAGCAUGGAACUGAUUGUGACACAAAUGCAAGCAGUAAUCAGAAAUCUAUUGUUGAAGUUGAAUUUCAAUGUUCCGAAGCAAGCAAUUUGGAGCAAAAUUCUUCAUUCGAUCAAGAGGUACAAUCAACAAAAGCAUUGACUAACCCACAAAAGAACUCUUUAGAAUGUGAAGAAAACUUGAUAGGAUGGCAAACACGACACAAACGGACUAGCAAAAAACGAAGUGAUCAAGAUAGAACGAAUGACCAUAAAGCCAAGGUUACAGAGAUUUUAUCUAAAGAGGGGGAUUCUCUGCAUAGAAAUUUAUCUACAAAAAGUGGUUUCAGUAAGGAUAAGAAGUCAAUACAGAAAAGUAAUAAUGAUCAACAGAAAAGCAAUAGUGUAAACCAACAGGAAAGCGCUGGGAAACGACGUCGUGGUCAUACAGGAAAGAAAACAGACAGCAGACACAUGAAGAGUCAGAAAGAGAGACAUAUGAUGUCAGAAAAACAGAAUGAUUCUAAUGUUCAAAAGAAUAAAUCACAACAAAGUAAAUUUUCUUACAGAGAUGCUUUGCUCAAAUCUGGUUCAAUUGCAGCUUCAAACUCAAAGGGCUAUCUUAGAGUAUCUUCUCCAUCACGAGCAUUUGAUCUAGAAUUAGCAGUGGAUUAUUUAUCAUCAGUGUGGAAAAGUGUAAACAAUUUGCAGAAAAAAGAUCCCACGCAAGUGUUUGUUUAUGAUGGCCAAUAAAAUGUUUAACAUUAAUCGCUAAUGACAGAAUAUUGAGGUGAAUGUAAAAAGUAUAAUUUGUGACUGCUUUGCUUAAUAAUGAAUCAAAACUUUAUGAAUCAAAACAAUUAAGUAAUAGAAGUGUGCACUUUCAAGCACAUUUUAACCGACCAUUAUCAUAUAUAUGCCUGUCUUGUUGUAACAACAUGUAAGGUGUUUAUUCCCAAGUUGUCAAAAUGCCACCCUCAUUACAAACUGUUCAAAUAUUUAUGAAAUAUUUGUGAAGAAGUGGCUCAAAGUCAUCACACAAUCCCUUGAAAAUAUAAAAAUAUAACUAUAUCAAAUAAAUUGCAUUCAUCAUCAGUA